GGGAGAUGAGCCCGCGAAGAAAAGUGUCAGUUGAAUACCUAAAGAAGAUGGGAUGUCAGAUCUGACAUUGGGGUCUAAAUGUUGUGGCCCGCUUUGGGUACCAAGGUCUCGGUCUCGAGCGCGGAAACUGGCAAUGGUCCUUGCAGUAAUGUAUCCAGGAUGAAGCACUGGUAAGGUUUUGGUGCAUAAUCCUACAUUGCCUGACGACGUUUAAUGUAUGACCGCAACAGAUGGGUUACUCCAAGACGAGGACGCCGUUAGCAUUGGAGGCUCAAGGAUGCCUUUGAUUAUGAUGGUUUCCAAGUGUUUGCAAUGUGCAAACUCGCAAAUCCCAGACUCAGUAGAUGACAGGUCAACUCCAACCGUCCACGUUACUAAUCUCCAGGGCACGUGGGGCUUGGGGAUUAACAAGAAUGUGCUUGCCGUGCAGCAGCCAAGACACUCUACCAAUACUCCUGGAGCCAACUCCAAGAGCCUCACAAGGCAUCAAGUUGUCGCAUUUAUUAAGGACAGCUCUCGCUCAUCAACUCAACACACUGCCUGGAAGUCGCGCAGAAAAAAACCAUCAUGGACUCCAUCUCAACACGUCACAGCAGUCAACUUCACCUCAAUGCAUCUGCCAAUUGAGCUGAUGACCCUAGUCGGUGUUUCGGCAGUAAAGGGAGAAGGCCACAUCAACCUGCACAUUUUAGGUAACCAAUAAAAUCGGCGAAAUCGACAACGUGCUCUGAACGAUGCUUCCUGUGCCACAACAUUUAUUUUCGGUAGAGCUUGGUCAACUG